GGCGCGCGGAGCUGGGCGCAGAGCGGCAGUCUCCGCCUUGCAGCUUGGAGCGUGCCUGUCGCCGCUUUCCUGCCGCCGCCACCGCUGCCACCAUGCCCAACUUCGCCGGCACCUGGAAGAUGCGCAGCAGCGAGAAUUUUGACGAGCUGCUCAAGGCGCUGGGUGUGAACGCCAUGCUGAGGAAAGUGGCCGUGGCCGCUGCGUCCAAGCCGCACGUGGAGAUCCGCCAGGAUGGAGAUCAGUUCUACAUCAAGACAUCCACCACGGUGCGCACCACCGAGAUCAACUUCAAGGUCGGAGAAGGCUUUGAGGAGGAGACAGUGGAUGGACGCAAGUGCAGGAGUUUAGCCACUUGGGAGAAUGAGAACAAGAUCCACUGCACACAAACUCUCCUUGAAGGGGAUGGCCCCAAAACCUACUGGACCCGCGAGCUGGCCAACGACGAGCUCAUCCUGACAUUCGGCGCGGAUGACGUGGUCUGCACGAGGAUUUAUGUUCGGGAGUGAACACGGCUGGCUUGCUCCUGCUUUGGGGGUGGGAUGCAUGUUCCCCAAGGGAUCUCAUAGGUCUGAGCUGCCAGUGGACCUCCCCCUCCCCUGUAUCAACAUUAGGUGAUCCUGUUUGCCCCAAAAUGGUGUUGUAGUGUUUCCUCCCAAGGCCUUCAUGCCUCUGUGUCCCUGGUGCUCUGUAGUUUAGUAUCUGUACGGUUUUCUUGGUCAUUAAACUGGUUGGACACAUA